CACCCCACACAGCCUCCACAAGAACAGCAACUGAAUCUGAAGAGAGAAGAGAUUGGCGAGGAGAGAAGAGAAGAGAAGGCGAAGGAUACUUCAAGCUGUUUCCUUUCUUCUUCCUCUCUCCCUCCAUCUCUUCCUUUGCCCAUAAAAAUUGGAUUUUUAAUGGAGAAAGGACGGCUCCAGUCUCCGAAUUCCUCCUCCUCCUCCAGCAGCAACAGCAAUGGAGUGUUCGCAUCGCCGGCGCAGGCUCCGCCGCUCACUCCAAAGUCCACGCCGAGCGCCUGGCGGAUUUUAUUUUUUUUCACGUUCUUCGCAUCACGAUCGCGUGCUCAAUCUUCAGCAGUAAAAGCUUCGAUCUUGCCCUAAAUCAUGACGCCUCUCCCCAAUCGCGCGCAGAGAGCGAAGAAGCCACUGAGAGCGCAGCGGAGAGGAGGGGCGGUUGUUGUCGGAUCGCUGGCUCUUCUUCUCGUCGGCAUGAUUCUUCUACCCACCUCCAUGAAUUCUAAUGGUUCGGCUGGAUCACUGACCCAAUCUGAUAGGAAGAGCGAAAGGAAUCAAGUUGUUGCUGUUGCAUCUAUUCGAUCCCAACCUACUGCGGAAUUCGUCAAUAAGACCGAAGUCAUAUGGCAAAUUCCUGAGUCCCCCAAGGCCGUCGUCUUCAUAGCUCACGGUUGCAACUGCCGAGCUGCUAAUUUCUGGGAUCGAUCCGCUCAUUGCCCGCACUGUGUUGGCCUUCCAGAAGACAGGCUGAUUGUCCUCAAUGCUCUAGUUCGCAGGUUCACCGUCAUCGCUGUUUCCAGCCUCGGAAGAUGCUGGUCUAUCGAGAAGGACGUCGGCAUUGCUAAAGGGAUACUACAAUGGUGGAUUGAGAACCACGAGCUCCAAAAGCUUCCUAUCACAGCUUUGGGAGCUUCAUCUGGUGGUUAUUUUGUUUCUGCACUGGCAAAGGAGGUGAAUUUUAGCAGCGUAGCGCUCAUGAUUUCAGCUGGGGUGUUCGGUUCCAUGGGCGUUCCAGUUGGGUAUCCUCCCACUCUCUUUGUCCAUAUGCCUAAAGACCUGCGUGCAAAGAGGCUGAUAGAGAAGAACAUGGCUUCGUUGAAGAAGAAGGGUGUUUCUGUUAAGGAGGUCAGGUGUCUGGAGUUCCCAUUGACUCGUACGCUUUUGACGGAAAGGAUCCCUGGUGUGGAUGAGGCAGUAUCUGUCAGUGUAUUUGAGUUGUUUCAGGAGAAAGGUUUCAUUGAUGAGAGGGGAUAUUUGAAGAGCGAUGGACGAGCGACUCGGUGGAAGCAAGCUCUUAAGGAAAAGGAUCCCUCAAUGGAGAAGUAUGAAUGGCUUGAUCAUAUAGAGGAGGAGUUAAAUCUUGCGUUUGCAUACCAUGAGAUGACCAGCUUGCCUAUUGGUAAUAUUCUCAACUGGUUUGAAUCACACAUGUAGCCAGUGGCUGUGUAGUAAUCUGAAAGAUAUUUUGAGUUUGGACAUCCGGCAGAAAUUUACCAGUUGAAAACACUUUCUAGUGUCAAAAUAUCAGGAGUUUCAAAAUGCUGUAUGAGCAUCACUGUAGUUUGAUCUACACCAAACAAUUAAAUGUAGCAGCCAGAAGUUUUUAUCA